AUGCGUUGGAUACUAUCUUCACUAUAUGCUAUCGGGUGGUGUGCUUUCGGGGUGUCGAGUAUCGCCAUCCCGAACAUCAAUGCACUCGCCGAAGGCAUCAACAUUGAAAAGAGACAGUUGACAAGUGUUCCCGAAAACUCGUACCCAGUGAAAAGCGCUUUCGUCGGAACUGCUGGUAAUUGGGCGAAAUUCUUCUUCUCCACUGACAAUGGAAAGCUAUACAUGGGAACCUGGACAAACACAGCGCCGUCGCUUGCAUAUGGCUACGAGGAACUUCUUCCCGCGGGUAGCGUUAAGGCUAAUACUCCGAUUGCUUCCACUAUGUGGGAUUUGAAUGUUUCCGUUGGCUCUGGCCUCGGCUGGACUAAUGCAGACAAACGAGCUCGUGUCUAUUAUCUUGACUCAAAUGAUAUUAUCCAAGAGCUUAUCUAUGGUGGUGGCACUGCUGGUUGGAGUGCUGGUACCAUCGGCGCCUUGAAUAUUGCCACCUCUGGAACAAAUGGCAUGAGCGCUAUAUCCUUCAAACUCAACAGUGCCGAAAGCGUCAGUGUUUACUAUGCCGAGUCAUCUGGAGCCGUCAAAGAAACCACCUGGACUGCGUCCGGAACCCCCCAGUGGACCACAGUAACAGUCGCCUCCAGUGCAUCCGCUGCAUACGCCUUAUCCCCAAUCACCUUCGUCAACACGAACACCUGGUCCGCAGCCGCGCCCUCCAUCCGUGGAUUCUACGGUAGAGCUAAUACCAUCCGUGACGUCGCCUGGGAUACCACCUGGUCUACUGGCAACGUCGCACAAUCAUUCAUCGACUCCACCGGCUCCACCAACGGGGGCUACUCAUUCUCCGCUUCAGCAUGGAAAGUCGACGCCGGCACUCCAAUCGUUCACCUAUUCUGGUGCGGUGAUGGUGCUGCAGCUGGUACCCUUGGAACUGUUUAUCGGGCACCGUAUAAUAUCACAGCUAAGACUUUGGGGGCGUUGACUGCUAUUAGUUUCACACAGGCACCUCAUAGUUUUAUUGUUACUGGUGCUGGUACAAAUGUGGUGACUCCUCCUAAUGGGAACCAUUUGUUUGCUUGGGGGAACAGUACCGGUACGCCGGCUUUUUGGCAUUAUAGACUUAAUGGGGAUUCGGCUCAGUUGGCUCUUCAUUGA